AUGCCGUCCAUUAGCUUUGAUGCAGUGCUCAGGCUUGUCGUCGUGCUUCCAGCGCUGAUCGUGAUGCUGAAGGAGUGGGAUGCGAAGUUGUAUGCGCCCGUGACAAGCUACAGGUUGCUCCAGCACAAGGAGCUUGACUAUGCCUGCGUGCAUGCGCAGAUCAAGCGCACAACGUCCCACAUCGAGAGCCGCUACGUCGAUUGUGGCGACGACUUCGGUGGCGGAGUCAGCGACCUGCUGUCCCCCUUCAUCGCGCGCCAUGGGCCAGGAGGAAACCGGGAGGUAACCGUCGAGGGCGUUGACUCGGACGGCCGGCCUGCACGCUUCACUUUUAGGCUGCAUGAGGACGACCUGGAGGAGUUCGAUGGGCAUGGGACCCACGAUGGUUGCGUGGACGUCUGCACGGAGUUCUCUGAGCAGAUCGUCCACAACCUGCUGCAUCGGCUUGGCGACCUGGAGGGGAUGUCUGGGGCAAAGCUCUUCACCCCCGAUGAGUACCCCCUAGAACGAGGAGAGAGGAACCGCAGGUGCCUCGAGUGGCUAGAGUCGCUUGUCACUCUGUUCAAGGCCGACCUGACGGAGGAGAUCUUGCCAGGAGUCAACAAGCGCCGUGCGGUGAAGGAGCUGCGCAUGUUCACCUCGAGCAAGAGGGGCAAGGAGCUUGCAGAUGAAGAGAUGGAAGUAGAAGUAGUAGACAUAGGAGAUGAGAAUGAUGCAUCUGACACUGAUAGUGAUGAUGAUGGAUUUGAUGAGUAG